AUGGAGUCCCCCGCCAACUCGGUCCCGCUAGAUCCGCGCGAGCAGCCUAUCCUCGAAUGCCUUCUCCGAACCCGUGAUUCCCUUCUACUGCUAAAGCAGGACAAAUCAUCAUACAUCAAAUCUCGCGACGUCCUUCCGCUUUAUGAGGAAGUUAUCGGACAGGUGGAAAAUCUCAAUGCUGUCCGCAAAGAGAAAGAGCGCCCCACACGCUUGGUUCAUUAUCGCUUGGACUACGUUCUUGACGACUGCUUUCAGUUGAUUUCACUGCUCUUUUUGACGCGCCUGCUCGACCACCUCGAAGAAGCCGGAUUCUACAGCUCCAAAGAUUUGAAUUCCAUCACCAAGACCCUCGAGUCCCUGCGCGAAACUCUUGAUCGUGGCCGCAAUAACUAUUCCCCCGCUCUUUUGACGCUUCUUGAAAGUCGCCUGGAGGAAUGCCAGAUCUCCUUAGCGAAGUUGCAGAAGGGGCUUGCGCUGCUGGCCCCCGGUUUGGCGCAAACACACGAGACACUGGUUUCUAUUUUGCGAUCAACAUCUGCUGUCAAUACCCGCUCAAAAUUCUCGAAGACGGAAGUGAACAACCUACGGGAACAGUUGAAGAAGAUUGAAAACACCCAGAAAGAUGGCAACUUCGUGGACGCCGAUGGUACCCCUUUUGCUGGCCAAGAUGAUCUCAAGUCUUUGAUGUAUCGGUGCUGGCGAUGGACUGAACUUGUUCUGGAGCGUGAGGGCAAAAUCAAUGAACGUUUCCAGGAGCAAUACGAUCGCCUGCUUGAAAUCCGCAACCAAUUGGACCGACUUUCUGUGACACAAGCCUGGUCCCUGCGGGAGACGGAUCUGUUUGGAUAUCAGCGCAAACUCGAUAGAAUCGACGAGGCGCGGGUUAAUGGUAACUUUGUCGAUGCUGAGGGUCAACCAGCUGAUCUUCACGCCCAACGGACAUUGUUAUACCUUAUUCGACGCAGUUACGCCUACAUCUACGCCCUUCUUAUUUCAUCUGAGCCCGUUUCGGAGGCCUUGCUGCCGGUAUACAACCAACUGCAGACCCUCCGCCGGUGUCUCGUUGAAGUUAAGGAGUCUGGUGGUGUGUCCAAUUCCCGUGAAUUGUAUCCCUACAGCAUGAAGCUCAACUCGAUCGAUAACAUGCGCAUCGACGGCAAAUUCUAUGUCGGUCCCGAUAUUCCGGAGGGCCAAGGAAGUGUUAACGCCCUGCUAGCCGAGUGCUACGACUUUGUCUGGGAACUGCGAGCUGCGGUGGUAGACGAAGAACAACAGUCUUAA